AUGAAAAACAACACACUAUUUCCUUUUUUGAUGAUACCAUUGUGCAUAAGGUAUUAUUAUUUAUGCACUUAUUUAAUUAGCAAAGUUUCUGAUUCAUAAUAGUAUUUUUGUGAAGAAGCUUAAAAGAAUUGUAAUCUAAAUUAUGAGGCCCUCAAAAAUGAUUCUUCUAAAGAAGAGUUUUUAUUUAAUAACAAUGAACCUUAUUAUGAUAAUGAACUAAUUUUAUAUCCUCAAAUAGAAAAUCAAUAUUAAUAACCAUCUUCACCAGAAUAUCUAAUUAAAGCUAAAGUAUAUCAAAAUUGUUUAUCUUAGAAGGAAUUUGAGGAUGAACUUUCUGUCAUUCAAUAAUUUUAAAAUCUAGAACACUAGGAGAAAGAUGAAACCAACUAAAAAGUAUCAGAUGGAGAAUAAUAGAGUUAAAGAUAAUAUGAUUAGAUUUGUAUUCAAUAUAUUGAACAAUGA